AUGAUUCACAUUAUUGGCAUGGAAAUAAUUCAAAUUCAUAUGAUUUUUAUGGUUCAACAUUCAUCUCAUACACUUUUACAACAAAAUGGUUUUACUCAACAAGUUUAUCUUAAAUAUAAACAAGAAUGUCUUGAUGGUCAAUUAUAUGGUUUAGAAAAAUUCUGGGCAUUUUUAAAAUUUUCUCGAGAAAAACCAAACAUCAAUUCAAAACUUGAAGAAAUUUUAAAAAACUAUAGAAAUCUUGAAGAUUUUCGUGUUGAUGGUGCAUCAUUUCCACA